UGAUGAUCGGUUCCUCAUACAAAUCCAAAGCGCACAAUAUACAUUAUUUAUGGUUUAUAUGAGUUGAUAGAUCUGAUAUAAGUUGUAUUUGACAGUUUAUUUAAUCGCAAUGGAAACUGAAGGACAAAGACGCAAAUGGGAAUGCUGUUGGACCGCUAUUUGUUUCGCCUUUUUGUUGUGCUUCGGACUGCAGGUUUCAGCGCAGAUAAAAUACUCUAUUCCAGAGGAAAUAAAAGAAGGAUUUAUCGUGGGAAAUAUUGCGAAGGACUUAGGUCUUGAUAUCAGCACGUUGACGGACAGGCGGCUUCGUAUUGUGUCUGGAUCUAAUGACGCUCUGUUCCAGAUAAAUCAGAACAAUGGCCUGAUGAACGUGCAUAAAAAAAUCGACAGAGAGGAGAUAUGCGACGGUAACAGCGUAUGCUUGAUAAACCUAAAACUUGUUGUUGAGAAUCCUCUUGAAAUUAAUUACAUUGCUGUCGAAGUUACUGAUGUUAAUGAUCACAAUCCUACAUUUCCAGAAAAUGAUUUAUACUUAGAAAUACCGGAAAAUACGCAUCCUGGUGCGCGAUUUGAACUGCCUACAGCGCGUGACCUGGAUUCUGGAAUAAAUUCAGUUCGUUCUUAUAAACUUCAACAAAAUGACAAUUUUCAGUUACAGUUGAAAGACGGCGACGAUGACGACAAAAUCUUAUUUCUUGUAGUUCAAAAGCCUUUAGACAGGGAACAGCAUGCCAAACACAUUUUAAUUCUGACUGCUUUAGACGGUGGCAGUCCUCAAAAAUCUGGUUCUUUGAAUAUCACAAUCGCUAUCCAGGAUAUAAAUGAUAACAGUCCUGUAUUUAGCAUGGAAACAUAUACCGUAACACUAAAUGAAAAUGCGCCUGUAGGGACAGUUGUUGUUUUCGUUAACGCAAGCGAUGCUGAUAGUGGUACAAACGGAGAGGUUGAAUAUUCUCUGCGGAAAUCUUCAAAAAAUUCCGCAAAUAACAUUUUUUAUUUGGACAGUGUAACUGGAAAAAUUACUGUUAAAGGAAAUGUCGAUUAUGAGGAUAACGACGUUUACAGAUUAAAUGUCCAAGCCACGGAUAAAGGACAGCCUCCGCGGACAGUUGACUGUAGGGUUGUCAUAAAAAUUAUUGACGUUAAUGAUAACCAACCUCAACUAGAUGUCACCUCGUUGUCCAACGUGGUUUCAGAGGACUCCAAACCAGGCACAGUCAUAUCAUUUAUUAGUGUGAUUGAUAAAGAUUCUGGAAUCAACGGAAAAGUAAUUUGUAGUUUGACAGACAGCGUGCCCUUCGAGCUAAAAACAUCAGUCCAAGAUAACAUGUACUACUCUUUAGUAACAAAAAACCUGUUAGAUCGUGAACUGGUUUCAUAUUAUGAUGUAACUAUAACAGCAACCGACUUAGGAUAUCCUCCUUUAUCUGGCCAUAAAACUCUGAGAAUCCAGGUGUCAGAUGUGAAUGAUAAUGUCCCAGAGUUCUCAAAAAAUCCUAUAGAACUUUAUUUACGAGAAAAUAACGUCCCCGGUAAUUCCAUAUUUUCUGUAAGCGCUUCUGAUCAAGACUUGAAUGAAAACGCUAUUAUGAGUUAUUCUAUUAUUCGUGGUGAUGGGUCUCGAAACAGCAUGGCAUCUUUUUUCCAGAUUGAUCCAGAAAGUGGAUAUAUACAUGCUUUAAAAAAAUUUGAUUUUGAAACAGUCAAGUCUUUUAAUUUCCAAGUUCUCGCUACAGACUCCGGAUCUCCAUCUCUGAGCAGUAAUGUAACAGUGAACGUGUUUAUUUUGGAUCAGAACGACAAUGCUCCUGUGAUCUUAUAUCCAGUCAGUGCUAACGGUUCUGCUGAGGGUGUGGAGGAGAUUCCUCGCAAUAUGAAUGCAGGUCAUUUGGUGACUAAAGUCAGAGCAUACGACGCAGAUAUCGGAUACAACGGCUGGUUAUUAUUUUCACUGCUGGAAGUUAGUGAUCACAGUCUCUUUAGUUUGGAUCGAUAUACAGGACAGAUAAGAACCCUUCGCACAUUCACAGAAUCAGACGAGGCUCAGCAUAAACUGGUCAUACUGGUGAAAGACAAUGGGAACGUUUCUCUGUCAGCAACAGCGACUGUGAUUGUCAAAGUUGUGGAGCCCAAAGAGGCUUUCGCUGCUUAUGAUGUUACAAACGAAGUAAAAGACGAGGAGGAAAACAACGUGACAUUUUAUUUGAUCAUCACAUUGGGCUCUGUGUCAGUACUUUUUAUCAUCAGUAUCAUCGUCUUGAUUGCAAUGCAGUGCUCUAGAUCUACAGACUAUUCGUCCAAGUAUUUACAAGAUAUGAAUUACGACGGGACUCUGUGUCACAGCAUUCAGUACAGAUCAGGAGACAAACGGUACAUGCUAGUUGGACCCAGAAUGAGUGUUGGCUCUACUCUAGCACAUGGUAGUAAUAGGAAUACUCUGGUGGUAUCUGACCGUAUGAGGAGAGAUUCUGGGGAGGUAAGAGACUAA